AUGCCGACGAUUGGUCGGUUCAAAGGCAUAGGACUACAUACCACAAUCGACCAAGCGAUUAAGGACUCGGGCGUUGUAGAAGGUUCUUCACUGCAUAAACACGUCGUCGGUUUAAAGAGCAGGAUACUUCAGUGCAAGAGUGACAGCACGAACUAUAAAUACUUCGGUGCUUUUAAACGAUGGGAACGUUUCAUAACAGCGCAGGGAUUUCCGGCAGUACCAGCCAAUUCCAUACACAUAUGUUUGUACCUGAACAGCUUAUUAACUAAAGGAUCCUCAUUUGCAGUGGUUUCUUCAGCAGUGUAUGCUAUCAAGUGGGCUCAUAGCUUGAACGGAUUGUCGGAUCCAACAACAAACAUUUUUGUAAAAAAUCUUUUAGAAGCUUCAAAACGCAUAGCGAAGAAACCUGUGUGUAAAAAGGACUCUGUUACCAGUGGCAUUUUGAUUAGGCUUUGUGACAUUUUUUCAGAAUCUAGCGACUUGUUAGUUGUCAGGGAUUUAACCAUGAUUUUGCUUAGCUUUUCAGGAUUUUUGCGCUAUAACGAGCUCAGCAAUUUGCAUUGUUCAGAUGUUAAGCUAUCGGAGAGCUAUUUCACACUUGUAGUCCGUAAGAGUAAAACGGACCAAUAUCGGUUCGGCAGUGAGAUUGUUAUCAGUAAGGGUGAAACUACGGCGUGUCCGUACGACAUGUUGAUGAAAUAUAUUCGUAUAGCUCGCAUUGACAUCGAGUCAGAUGAUUUCUUGUUUAAACCAAUUUAUAGAUCGGGCUCAGUUUGUGGUUUGAUUCACAAAAAUAAACCGCUCAGUUACACGGGAGCUAAGGAAGCUAUCCUGAAACGGCUGAAUUUCGUUUCGGAGGGCAAGAAUUUCGGUUUACAUUCUUUGAGAUCAGGAGGGGCCAGCAUGGCGGCGAACAAUGGCGUUAAUGAUCGCUGUUUUAAGCGCCACGGGCGUUGGCGUAGUGAGUCUAGCAAGGACGGAUACAUCGCUGAUUCUAUCGAGAGACGGUUAAAUGUGACGCAAAAAUUAGGUAUCUGA